CACCUAUUAUCUGCAAUUUCUAAUAAUUGUAAUAUUUUCUGUUUGUAAUAGUAAUUGCUGUAGAUAUUGACGCUGAUAAAAUUAUAAUGGCCAAGCAGAAUGCCGCGAUUUAUGGAGUUGUAGAUAAAAUUGAAUUCAUUGUUGGAGACUACUUUAAGCUGGAAAAUCAGAUCAAGGGUGACGUUAUAGUCACGUCGCCACCGUGGGGCGGUCCAGAAUACAGUAAAAUGGAUGUGAUCGGGCCGUUGGAUCUGUAUAUGGAUAAAAUUCUGGAAGUGGGGAAAACGAUUGCCCCAAAAAUACUGUUACAUCUCCCCAAAAACCUUAAUAAAAAUGAGUGUUGGAAAAUGUGCAACGGAGUUGGUGCCAGCCUCCGAAAAAUCGAAAAUGUGUUUAUGAACAAGUACCUCAACUCGACGUUGUUCUAUGUCCGAUCCAAUAAUGUAAGUUAUAAGUCAUUGUGUAUUUAACACAAUAAAAGCCUAAUAAAACAAUAAUUAAUAGACUAUAUUAAUAUAGUACCUACCUACUUAAUUAAUUUAAUAUUCCUGACCGUACCUGCGCUUAAUUAUAAUAAUUUAUUAUUUAUGUUUGAAUUCAUUAGAACGAUGCCGUAUCAGACGUUGCUCCCAAACCGGUCGACAUCCACCUACAUAACUGUAAGUUGAAAACGUCUAUAUUUAAAAAUUUUUAUAGUAUAAUAUUUAUCUAAUAAAUUAAUUUUCUUUAGCAUUCCGCAAGGAUGAAAGGUAUAGUUUAAAAGCUUACCAAAGUUAUCUGGUGGAUGUUGAAACGUUGGUGAGCAGCCGUCGAUCAUCGUCAUGAUGUAAUACGAAUCGUUAUUAUUGGAACGGACAUAAAAUUACGUUGAGAAGUUACCUCUUCAUAACACAUUUUCGGUUUUUUGGCCAACUCCGUUUCCAUUUUUAAUCAUUACUCGUUUUUAUUAAGGUUAAGAUGUGACAGUAUUUUAGGGGAAUUAUCGUUCCCACUAGCUUCCAGGACUUUAUCAACAUACAUCCGACAGCCCGAUGACCUGCGUUUGUAUACUCUGGUCCACCCCAUUAUGGCAGCGAAGUAACGGUGACGUCACCGUUGAUCGGAUUGCCCAGUUUAAAAUAGACGCUAACAACUUCAUAGAUCGUGGCAUAGCGUUUGGCCAGCAUCGUUUUCUCCGGGUCAAUAU